UUCUGCGCUUGUCAUCAUGGCGACGCGGGGCCAUGUGCAGGACCCUAACGACAGGCGCCUCCGGCCCAUUUACGAUUAUCUUGAUAAUGGUAAUAAUAAAAUGGCAAUUCAGCAAGCAGAUAAAUUGUUGAAAAAGCAUAAGGAUCUUCAUUGUGCUAAGGUUUUAAAAGCAAUUGGUUUACAGAGAACUGGAAAGCAAGAGGAAGCCUUCACCUUGGCGCAGGAGGUGGCAGCCCUAGAACCCACAGACGACAACUCGCUGCAGGCACUGACCAUUCUUUACCGGGAGAUGCAUCGACCGGAGUUAGUCACAAAACUUUAUGAGGCAGCUGUGAAGAAAGUUCCCAAUAGUGAGGAAUAUCACUCUCACCUCUUCAUGGCCUAUGCCAGAGUGGGCGAAUACAAGAAAAUGCAACAGGCUGGCAUGGCUCUAUAUAAGAUUGUCCCCAAAAACCCUUACUACUUUUGGUCUGUGAUGAGCUUAAUAAUGCAAUCUAUAUCAGCGCAGGAUGAAAACCUCUCAAAAACGAUGUUUCUGCCCCUUGCUGAGAGAAUGGUAGAAAAAAUGGUAAAAGAGGACAAGAUAGAAGCAGAGGCUGAAGUUGAACUUUAUUAUAUGAUCCUAGAACGUUUGGGAAAGUACCAGGAAGCCUUGGAUGUCAUCAGAGGAAAAUUAGGAGAGAAGUUAACAAGUGAGAUUCAGAGUCGGGAAAAUAAAUGCAUGGCUAUGUACAAGAAGCUGAGCAGGUGGCCAGAGUGCAAUGCCCUUUCUCGGCGCCUCUUACUGAAAAACUCAGAUGACUGGCAGUUCUAUCUGACUUAUUUCGAUUCUGUCUUUCGACUGAUUGAAGAAGCCUGGACUCCUCCUGCUGAAGGUGAACACUCUUUAGAAGGAGAAGUACAUUAUUCUGCAGAAGAGGCUGUGAGAUUUAUAGAAGAUCGGAUAACAGAAGAAUCUAAAAGUUCUCGCCAUCUCCGAGGACCACAUCUGGCUAAACUGGAGCUGAUUAGACGUUUGCGGCGUCAAGGUUUUAAUGAUGAGUACAAACUGGGUGAUCCAGAAGAAUUAAUGUUCCAGUAUUUUAAAAAGUUUGGGGAUAAACCUUGUUGUUUCACAGACCUCAAGGUGUUUGUUGACCUCUUGCCUGCUACACAGUGUACAAAAUUUAUUAAUCAGUUACUUGGAGUUGUUCCUUUGUCAACACCAACAGAGGAUAAGCUGGCACUGCCUGCUGACAUCAGAGCUCUGCAGCAACAUUUGUGUGUGGUGCAGCUGACGAGGUUACUUGGCUUGUACCACAUGAUGGAUAAAAAUCAGAAAUUGACUGUGGUCAGAGAAUUGAUGUUAAGGUACCAGCAUGGACUAGAAUUUGGGAAAUCCUGUUUGAAAACCGAAUUGCAAUUUUCAGACUAUUACUGUCUCCUUGCUGUCCAUGUGCUUAUUGAUAUAUGGAGAGAAACAGGUGAUGAGACCGCUGUGUGGCAGGCCCUGACUUUGCUGGAAGAGGGACUAACUCACAGCCCUUCCAAUGCUCAAUUCAAAUUGCUGCUUGUUCGAAUCUACUGUAUGCUGGGGGCAUUUGAACCGGUGGUGGAUCUGUAUUCCAGCCUUGAUGCUAAGCAUAUCCAGCAUGACACCAUUGGUUACCUUUUGACCCGAUACGCCGAAUCCCUAGGUCAGUAUGCUGCUGCAUCCCAGUCCUGUAACUUCGCGCUCAGGUUUUUCCACUCCAACCAGAAAGAUACCUCAGAAUAUAUUAUUCAAGCUUACAAAUAUGGUGCAUUUGAGAAGAUCCCAGAGUUUAUCGCUUUUAGGAACAGGCUGAAUAAUUCUCUUCAUUUUGCACAAGUCCGUACUGAACGGAUGUUGUUAGACCUUCUACUUGAAGCAAAUGUAUCAACCAGCUUAGCAGAAAGUAUAAAGUCAAUGAAUCUUCGGCCAGAAGAAGAUGACAUUCCAUGGGAAGCCUUGCGAGACAACAGAGACUUAAAUGUUUUCUUUAGCUGGGAUCCAAAAGACAGGGAUGUUUCUGAAGAACAUAAGAAACUUUCCUUGGAGGAGGAGACAAUGUGGUUAAGAAUCCGUUCCUUAACCUUGAGGCUGAUCAGUGGACUUCCAAGUCUUAACCAUUCUGUUGGGCCAGAGAACUCAGAGAAGACCACUGAGAAUGGAGUAUCCUCCCGGAUUGAUAUUUUCCGUUUGCUCCUUCAACAGCUGGAGGUGGCCCUGGAGACGGGAAAGCGAUUUAUUGAGAAGGACAUUCAGUAUCCUUUCCUUGGUCCUGUACCUACCAGAAUGGCUGGAUUCUUUAAUUCUGGCUGUUCUCAGUGUCAGACCAGCUCUUUUUAUCUUGUUAGUGAUAUUUAUGAGCUGGACAUCAAUGGUUUAGAGGAUACAAUGGAGAUCCAGGAGCGAGUAGAGAAUAGUCUUAAGUCUUUACUAGAACAGUUAAAAGAUGUCUUUAGUAAAUGUAAAGGUGAUCUCUUAGAAGUUAAAGAUGGUAACUUGAAAACACAUCCUACUCUUUUAGAAAAUCUAGUCUUCUUGGUUGAGACUAUUUCUAUUAUCCUUUGGGUGUCCAGUUACUGUGAGAGUGUCCUGCGACCAUACAAAUUAAAUUUACAGAAAAAGAAGAAGAAGAAAAAAGAAACCAGCAUCAUCAUGCCACCUGUCUUUACCAGUUUCCAAGACUAUGUUACUGGGCUUCAGACUUCAAUUUCGAAUGUUGUGGAUCAUAUUAAAGGACUUGAAACACAUCUAAUUGCACUUAAACUUGAAGAACUUAUUUUAGAAGACACUUCCCUCUCACUGGAAGAGAGAAAAUUUUCAAAGACUGUACAAGGGAAGGUGCAGAGCAGUUACCUGCACUCACUUCUGGAAAUUGGGGAGCUGCUGAAAAAAAGACUUGAGACUACAAAGAAACUAAAAAUUUAAGUUAGUGUGAACCACAAGCACUGAUGACUCUACAACAGCAAAUGACAUCAUCUUCCCAGGCAAAAGCUACAUCUGAUUGACCAUCAUUUUAAUCCAGAACUUCCUCAUAAAAUGCAUGAAGGACUUUGAUCGUGAAUUAAUUUUUUAGGUAUUAAAUGUGUACAACUGAUUAAAUUAUUGUAUAUAAACCAGAAGCAGGACCCUCAUCUGGGUUUGACCACUUUUUAUACAUGUUCAUAUGCAUAUGGCAGCCACAAGAGAACCCCACUCUUCUUCCCUUCUAUCACCAGAAACAUCUGGUGGGGUGGGGGGAAAGCAGCAAUAGAAAUUAAGCAUAAAGCAUUGACCUCAGAGCAGCUGAAUGGCCCUACCAUUAUAGCAGUGCGUGUUUUGGUCUGGUCCUUGAGCCUUAGGAAGCAGAAAGCAGAAGAAGAGGGGGACCAUGAUUGGGAGCAGGCCCUCUUUCCACAUUAGCAGUUUAGUUUUGAGGCUUCCUCAAAUGCUUGGCUCCCACAGAACCCAAGGCAGGUACCCAAAGGACCUCAGAUGAAAUUUGGCAUAAGCACCUGCCACUGAAGGACAUCACUCCGAUGCCCACAGCCUGUCGGUUUUCAGCUUAAUAAUCCCAAUGGCCGAGACAUCCCCAUCCUAGCUCCUGUGAGAGUUAAAUCAGAAGUAGCCUUCUGUUACCUUACAGAUGUUUGGAGGGGAAAGUAGUGCAGACCACUGAUAAGCCUGCUGAGGACUAGCUUGCUGUCUUUUGUCUACUUGGGAAAGAUGGGAAUCACUGUUUUAAAGAAGAGAGGUGUACAUAAUUUAUGCAGGCAAGUCUAAUACCAGUGUCAUUGGUUUUGUGAGCUAUAUAUAUAUAUGUAUAUGCUUUUACAUAUAUACGUAUAUUUUCAACCGUAUAUACAUGUAUAUGUAAAUGUAUAUACAUGUAUAUAUGCUUGAAAGUAAAGAUUUAAUACUUUAGUGUUUUUUAAGUGGGAGGUUUGAGAAGGAAGAAAGGAAGGAAUGUAUAUUAAUAUGGAUUUAACCUAGAUUUUAAGAUUUAGGCUGGCAAAAGAAAUGUUAUCAGUUGGGCUUGAGGUUCAGUUUACCUUUUUCAAACUUGAGAAUUAUUACCAGGAUGGUGUUUACUUUGUUCAUCUGGAGCUCCCCAAGACUAUGGCUUCAGAGGUUGGUUUGACAGAAAAGAUAAACAUUGCUCUUGAAAAUGUUACACAUUUUAUACAACUGCUUUGGUAACUUUUUUGUGUUUGAAUCUGUGCCUCUGUUUUUGGUCUUUGUUACCCAAAUACCGUUAAAGUUAAUAAUUCUGAAAAGCAAAGAAAUGAAUUUGAUGAGGAGAUUCAAAUAUCUGAUGGAGGAUUGGUCUUGAAGACCUUCAAGGUCCUUUCCAACUCACUUCUCCAGUGAAAUGUGAUACUUUUUUCUUUUAAAAGCAACCAAAAAAGAGCUUGGAAAAUCUCUGUAUGCAAAGCAAUUGCAUUUUGUCCCUAUCAUUUUGACUUUCUUAGAUUCACAAUUUGGUAGGGUGAUUAAUAACUGUCUCAACUUGUAGGGAAACUUUUUUGAAAAUUACUGAAUUACAUGGUCAAAAUAAGACUUGUUGGAAAUCCUAGUCUAUCCAGUAAUUAAAAAAAACCAGUUUUGAUGUUAAUUGGUAGCCACAACUGUUAUACCCCACCCCAAAAGAAAAGAACUGCCUUGAACAAGAUGAAUUAAAAAUUCUGAUUGAUUCUGAAUCUAACUUAAUAACAUCAUAAUUUCAUAAAACUAUGGUCUAUUUAGAUGGAACUUUGUGUAUGGGGUUGGGGGUAUGUGUGUAUGGUAUGUGUUCUUGAAAUGAUGUUUCUUUGAAUAUCCAAAAAUACUAUACGUAGAAAUAGAAAUGUUCUUUGAAACAAGUCUAUUAACUGACAGUGAUCAUUCUAGCAUAUGUGUGCUCAGUGGGCUGGCCUUGGUCCUCAGGGACAGUGUGUGACUCCAGUGGUCUACCUACCUAGUCUCUUGCCUAGGGGCAUCUGGGUCCUCUACUGGUUUUAGUGACAGAUAAUGUUACAUUGGGGUUAUGCUUCCUUUGUUACAUGUUGAUUUCCCUACUAAAUGUAGCAUUUCAAUUACAUCCAACCUCUUACAUUUUGAGAUAAUUGUAAAAAGAAUGAAAUUAUGCAGAAAUGGCCAAUAUCUUUUAUUGAUCUGUUCUUUUGGAAAUUGUCAUGCACUAUAAAUUGUGUACAGUUAAAAAAAUAUAUAUAUAUAUACACAUAUAUUCUUACAUGAGUAAAAAGCACCCUCUCCAGCAAUUGUAUGUAAUUGGUAUUUGAAGAGAAUUCCCAAAUAACUCAUUGCUGCUGCUGCUGUUUUUAGUUUGUGUGGGUUUUUUGUUUUAUUUUGUUUUUGUGUGGAAAACUGAUAUUUAAAAAAAAGAAAAGGAGAAAAAACACGACUACUGUUUACAGACUGAAAAAUUACUGCUUUUUAUACUACUGAGAUCCUAAGACUCUCCAAAGCAAACAUUUGGUUUAAAUCAUUUAUCUGAUGUGGAUAAAAGGUAGAGAACUUUUUAGUGUUCUCCACAUAAUGGAAAAUGUACAAAUGCCUAGCUGUGUUGCCCAUCAAUUUUGUAUAUUUUCAUAAUUUUAAUUGUUCAAAAUUGCAUUAUAUUUUGCAAUCACUAUGUUCAAUCUGGAUUUGUCUUUCAUUCUAACUUUUAAUAUAAAAAGGGGUUUCAAUGUA